AUGUACGCGUAUGUCCACCCAGCCAGCCCUUGGCUGUCGGAGCACAUCAAGUCAUACAUCCGAAAGCACGCACCGGAAACCAAGUUCAUCGACGAUUUCGAUCAUUUCCCAACAAACGCCACGACAGUCUUUCAGUUCUGUGAUGGCUGGGCACUGAAUCGUAACUUCGCAGCCUUGAACUCAGCAACCAAGGGCCUGAUCAAUGCCUACCCGAACAGCGACGCUUUGGCUCGAAAAGAAUAUCUUGCCAGAGUUGUGGAGUUGUGGACGGCCAAGAGACCAGAGAGCAUUCUCAGAAGUCAUGUGCCCGUCACCGUUCGCCUGUCUUUAGACUAUGCUGAGUAUGCUGAAGAGUCUUUGACUGCUGCAGACGACCUGUCACUUCUAUAUUCACUCGAGGCAAACGAAAGUAAGCCCCCAGCUGAACGAGACUGGUGGAUUAUGAAACCGGCGUUGGUCGACUGUGGCGCUGGCAUCAGACUGUUCAGUACAGUAGAUGAGCUUGCUAGUCAUCUCGAGCUUGCAGAGGACGAGGUCGAGGAAGAGGAUGAUGGUAUUCUGAAUUACGACAGUCAACAAUCUCUACCAGGCACCUUCCCAUGUUCAAAGAUCGGCGGUCCGGAUGACUUCUCGCCAACACUGUCCACCCCAGGUCUAGACACUCUUGAUGUGCUAGUCACCGCCACAGGAGCUUUGUCAUUCAAGCCAACUUCAGAUGAUAUCCAAAGAUGUCCAAAGCCACAAUACUUCUUCAAGGAAGGCGGACGUAUUCCAUCAGCGCAGAUGCGCGAGUUCGUCGCUCAGCAAUAUGUUGUCUCUAUUCCGCCGAUGGAAAAUAGGAAGUGGCACGCCCGAGCCUACGUUCUAUCGAUAGGCCGUCUCAAAGUCUACGUCUUCAAGGAGAUGCUUGCCCUUCUUGCUGGAGAAGACUAUAAACCGCCUUGGUUAUACCCAAGCCUAAAGUCCUCUCUUACCAACACAGCCCUUCAAGACGAAGACGUAUUUGUCAAUAGAGAGUCAAUGAGAGACUUUUGGGAUGCUCCAGAUGACUUGCUGCCUGGGGACUGGAAAGCUCAUGUCUUUGAUCAGGUCGGCACCGUUUCCGCAGAGCUAUUUCAGGCCGCUGCACACACGAUGGCGGACAAGUUCACAACAGUGGACAAAUGCUUCGAAUUAUUCGCAGUGGACUUCCUCGUAGACUCAAACGGCACCGCGUGGCUGCUUGAAGUCAAUGAAACACCUGCAUUCUACAAUGUUGGCAUGGCAGGACCUUUGGCACUGCGCUUGAUGGAAUCUGUGAUCUGUGUGGCUCUGGAACAUAUGGGUACGGCUCAACUCGAAGGUUGCGAUCAUAUUGCUGCGAAAGAGGGUCUGAUUCAAGUAUUGGACGAGGCGGACAAGCUUGCCAAGAGCAACAUAACGGAGAUUUUGCCAGAAAAUUGA